UGACCCGGGUCAGCAGCUCCACGUGACUACUCACUAUGGCUUCCCUGUGCCCGGGCGAGCUGUCUGGUGGUUCGGCGUGAUUUAUUAGUUCUUUGUGGCAGGGUACCGCUCUUACGAUUCCGACAUGCAAAAAAUCAAAUCUCUUAUGACCCGACAGGGUCUGAAAAGCCCUCCGGAAAGCCUUAGUGAUCUUGGUGCCAUUGAGAGUCUCCGGGUCCCUGGAAAGGAGGAAUUCCGAGAACUUCGAGACCAGCCUAGUGACCCUCAAGCUGAACAAGAGCUAAUUAAUAGUAUUGAACAAGUAUAUUUUUCAACGGACUCAUUUGAUAUUGUUAAAUAUGAGCUGGAGAAACUCCCUCCUGUUCUCAAUUUGCAAGAAUUAGAGGAGUACAGAGACAAAUUGAAACAACAGCAAGCUGCAGUCUCUAAAAAAGUAGCAGAUUUAAUCCUUGAAAAACAGCCUGCUUAUGUAAAGGAACUUGAAAGAGUUACCUCAUUACAGACGGGUCUUCAGUUAGCUGCUGUUAUCUGCACAAAUGGGAGGAGACACUUGAAUAUUGCCAAGGAAGGUUUUACUCAAGCUAGUUUAGGCCUUCUUGCAAAUCAAAGGAAACGUCAGUUGCUGAUUGGACUUCUGAAAUCUCUGAGAACUAUAAAAACAUUGCAAAGAACAGAUGUGCGCUUAAGUGAAAUGCUGGAGGAGGAAGACUAUCCAGGAGCUAUUCAGUUGUGCCUGGAAUGUCAGAAAGCCGCCAGCACUUUUAAACAUUACAGUUGCAUAAGUGAAUUGAAUUCAAAGCUUCAAGAUACUUUAGAACAAAUUGAGGAACAGUUGGAUGUAGCUCUUUCUAAAAUUUGCAAGAAUUUUGACAUAAACCAUUAUACCAAGGUUCAGCAGGCUUAUCGACUUCUUGGAAAAACACAGACAGCAAUGGAUCAACUUCACAUGCACUUCACUCAAGCCAUUCAUAAUACAGUGUUUCAAGUUGUUCUUGGUUAUGUGGAACUAUGUUCAGGAAACACAGAUACAAAAUUCCAAAAGCUGCAAUAUAAGGAUCUCUGUACACAUGUUACACCAGACAGCUAUAUUCCAUGCCUUGCUGACCUGUGCAAAGCACUGUGGGAAGUUAUGCUCAGCUAUUACAGGACUAUGGAAUGGCAUGAAAAACAUGACAAUGAGGAUACUACUUCUGCUUCCGAAGGGAGUAAUAUGGGUACUGAAGAAACUGAUUUUGAUCGUGGCUACAUAAAAAAGAAAUUAGAACAUGGACUUACACGAAUAUGGCAGGAUGUUCAGCUAAAAGUAAAAACCUACUUGCUUGGAACAGAUUUGUCUAUAUUUAAAUAUGAUGAUUUCAUCUUUGUUUUGGAUAUAAUCAGCAGGUUAAUGCAAGUUGGAGAAGAAUUUUGUGGUAGCAAAUCUGAAGUUUUGCAAGAGUCCAUUAGAAAACAGAGUGUCAACUAUUUUAAGAACUACCAUAGAACACGGCUUGAUGAACUGAGAAUGUUUCUAGAGAAUGAGACAUGGGAGCUUUGUCCUGUGAAGUCAAAUUUCAGCAUCUUGCAACUUCAUGAAUUUAAAUUCAUGGAACAGUCUCGUUCCCCAUCAGUUUCACCUAGUAAGCAGCCAGCCUCAACAUCCUCAAAAACAGUGACCUUGUUUGAGCAGUACUGUAGUGAUGGGAAUCCAUUUGAAAUCCAGGCCAACCGCAAAGAUGAAGAAACAGAAGAUGUCCUGGCUUCUAAUGGGUAUGAAUCUGAUGAACAAGAAAAAAGUGCCUAUCAGGAGUAUGACAGUGACAGUGAUGUUCCUGAGGAACUGAAACGAGAUUAUGUGGAUGAGCAAACAGGUGAUGCGCCUGUGAAAAGCGUUUCUAGAGAAACUCUAAAAAGCAGGAAGAAGUCAGAUUAUAGUCUAAAUAAAGUGAAUGCACCCAUCUUAACAAAUACAACAUUGAAUGUAAUAAGACUUGUUGGUAAAUAUAUGCAGAUGAUGAACAUUCUUAAGCCGAUUGCCUUUGAUGUUAUUCAUUUCAUGUCUCAGCUAUUUGAUUACUACUUGUAUGCAAUAUAUACCUUUUUUGGUCGGAAUGAUUCACUGGAAUCAACAGGACUAGGCCUUAGUAGUAGUAGACUAAGAACAACUCUUAACAGAAUACAAGAAAGCCUUAUUGAUAUGGAAGUUUCAGCUGAUCCUACUGCCACCCUCACAGCAGCAGAAGAGAGAAAGGAGAAGGUACCAAGUCCACACCUCAGUCACCUAGUGGUUUUGACAUCUGGGGAUACAUUAUAUGGGCUGGCGGAAAGAGUGGUAGCCACAGAAUCCUUGGUAUUCUUGGCUGAACAGUUUGAGUUCCUUCAGCCCCAUCUGGAUGCCGUGAUGCCCGCAGUCAAAAAGCCCUUUCUUCAGCAGUUUUAUUCUCAGACAGUCUCAACUGCCAGUGAACUACGCAAACCAAUUUAUUGGAUUGUAGCUGGUAAAGCUAUUGAUUAUGAACAGAUGCUGCUCCUAAUGGCGAAUGUGAAGUGGGACGUAAAAGAAAUUAUGUCACAGCACAACAUCUAUGUAGAUGCACUGCUAAAGGAAUUUGAGCAGUUUAACAGGAGGUUAAAUGAGGUUUCUAAGAGAGUUCGGAUACCCCUGCCCGUGUCUAAUAUACUUUGGGAACACUGUAUACGGCUGGCCAACAGAACUAUUGUGGAGGGAUAUGCCAACGUCAAGAAGUGUAGUAAUGAGGGUCGUGCCUUGAUGCAAUUGGAUUUUCAACAGUUUUUAAUGAAACUUGAAAAACUAACAGAUAUUAGACCCAUUCCUGAUAAAGAAUUUGUGGAAACCUAUAUUAAAGCCUACUAUCUAACCGAGAAUGACAUGGAACGCUGGAUCAAAGAGCACAGGGAGUAUUCAACGAAGCAGUUGACCAAUCUGGUAAAUGUUUGCCUGGGAUCCCAUAUCAAUAAGAAAGCAAGACAAAAACUUCUAGCUGCUAUAGAUGAUAUAGAUAGACCCAAAAGAUAAUGAACACAUUCUUUUUUCUCAAUGGCAUUGAUCUUCUCUCAACAUAUAUGACAUGAAAGCCAAUUUUUCAUGCACUCCUGACUAUUGUCUGCUAAGAAAUCUUUGUGCAUGUUCUUUCCAACUGGAAAGUGGAAAACACUGAAGUUCGUGUGGUGUUCUCAAAUGACUUUUAUAUGCUCUGAUCCUUCUCUUCAACUUUUAGUCUCAUUUGUUGUAUUCUUUUUCUGAAAUGAUAUCAUUGCCUUGUCAUAAGUAUUGUUAUGUGACUACAGUUAUACAUUUUACUGAAGAAUGCACUGUAAGUAUAUAAUUAGAAGGAACAGUGAUAAUGCAUCCAUGGGCAGUUUUUGGAGAAUGAAUUUAUGUUGGUAUUUUUUUACCCUCUCUACUUGGUUCUUAAUACAUAAGUGAGAGGGUUUUGUACAGUAUCUCCUAAUUAUGAGCACUGCAUGAGAAUUGAAAAGUACAUGUAAGCAAAAUAGCUGAAAAAUCAGUAUGUUCUCUGUGUUUUUAAAUGUCAGAGUUUAUGUCGGGGUUAAUUUGGUUAUAACAGUGAUCAUAAAUGAUGAAAUUGAAUAAAUAUUAUACUCUACCACGGUCCGCCUAUGUAAGACUAAAUUUUGAUAUUGUUCCACGGCAGGCAGAAUUUAUGAAACUGUAACAGAACUUUUCAGUGUGUUCUAACAAUUUUAAUGAUCUUACAUCCUGGUACCAGUGGUGAAAAGUAAUUUCAUUGGAUGUACCUUUUCAGAGCCUGAGUAGCACCCAGAAUAGUGAUUAUGGGAUUUUUUUUUUUCUUUUCUUUUUCUUUUUUUUUUUUUUAAUAUGGGACAUUUUUUCACAUAAGCGUUGUUCUCUUUGAAUUCUGCUUCUGUCUUAAGACAGGAAAACCUGGCUUAGCUGAGUUAGGGGAAGAACUGUUAGUAGUCAAGCAUAAGUUUAUGGUCAUAUGUUCACCUUUCUUAGAGAUCUGCUUUGUAUCACAGAUGUAAAAUAAUGUGAUCUAGCUAGGAAUAAACUUUGGAACUCAGUCUUUA